GAUGCAUUAACUUGCAUUUAUAUACAGAACAUUAUUGAGUAGCAGACAAUUGGAUUCAGAUACAGAGACACACAUAAUGUUUGUAAAAUAUAUUUAUACCGAGGGAGAGAGUGAAGGGGUGGUGAGAAGAAGCCACGACUCUCUUAUUACCCAGCCCAAGAAAUAGAUGGAUAGGGACGUAAUCUGCUGCAUUCAUUGCAUUUUGCAAAAGCAAAGUUUUUUUCUUAUUAUUUCUGGUUGUAUAUGACUCGUACCCGUUUACCCAUAAAUUCUUACAUCAUCACACCGCUUCAUAAACAAGUCUCUGCACUUUCAAGAAAAUUCUAUUGCAUUUCUUGAAGUGUUUCCUUUGUCUGAAUUGGACAUUGAUAUAAUCUCAUUCUUUGAGAAAACAUGAAUAAAACUCUGCAUUUGGCUUUCGGUGUUUUUGGAAAUGCUACUGGAUUAUUUCUCUUCUUGGCUCCAACGAUUACAUUCAAGAGGAUAGUCAUGAAAAGAUCAACAGAACAGUUCUCAGGCAUACCCUAUGUUAUGACAUUGCUAAACUGCUUGCUUUCUGCAUGGUAUGGUCUCCCAUUUAUAUCGCCAAACAACAUAUUGGUGUCAAUAAUCAAUGGCACUGGUGCAGCAAUUGAAUCACUUUAUGUACUCAUUUUUCUAAUAUUUGCACCCAAAAAAGAGAGGGCCAAGAUAUUUGGACUGCUUGUGGUCAUUCUUGCUGUAUUUUCAGUUGUGGCAUUUGUUUCUCUGUUUGCCAUCCAUGACUCGCACAAAAGGAAGCUUAUUUGUGGAUUUGCUGCUACAAUAUUCUCUAUCACAAUGUACGCUUCACCUCUAUCAGUCAUGAGGAUGGUUAUUAAGACAAAGAGUGUGGAGUUCAUGCCCUUCUUCUUGUCCCUCUUUGUUUUCUUAUGUGGUACUUCAUGGUUUAUCUACGGACUAAUCGGGAAGGACCCUUUUCUUGCGGUGCCAAAUGGUUUUGGAUGUGGAUUAGGAGCAAUGCAGCUAAUAUUAUACUUCAUUUAUCGUGGCAACAAAGGUGAAACCAAGAAACCUAACAAGGAUGAAUCUCUGGAAAUGGGCCUAAGCAAGCCCAAUCCAUAGAAUGGUUUGAUCCUUAAUUUCUUGUUUUCGGAAAUAAUUAAAAUCAUCGUGGUGAAGUGAUAUAAAUUUGGUAAAGACAACACAACUGAAUUAGAUGGCUACCACGGUUUUUUCGAGGCUGAGAUAGGUCGAUAUCUAUGAUUCCAAAUGCCGAAUAAAAGACGAAAACAAUAGGUUAUUUUGCAUGCUGGCAUCUACCUUUGAAAAUUUUCAUUUCGUUAAAUUUUGGUCGUCUAAUCAGUCAUUCAUUUUUUCUCAAUAUCUAAUAGGGUUGACCCUUCUAAACCCACUUUUCACAUUGGCCUAAAGUUAAGCACUUUGAGCACGAGAAUUGAUCAAAAACAUCCUUCAAGGCAGUUUGGCAGCAUCUAAUAUUUAGACAAGUAAUUAUUGGAGCCUGCAACAAGAAAUUUUGUUAAAUUUUGGUCUUCUAAUUAGUCAUUUAAUUUUUCUCUAUAUUUAAUAGGGUUGACUCUUCUAAACCCACUUUUCACAUUGGCUUAUAGUUAAGCAUUUUGAGAUAUUUAUUUUAACUCAAACAAGUUUCCAAAUUAUUAUCUAACAUAAAUUAUUACUAAUAGUUUUCUUGUUUAAUUUAUUAAUUCUCACUUUGGUGAGCAUGUCUAGAUUAAAGAAACUAUGUCAAGGUUCAAAUUUAUUGAGCUAAAGAUUAAAAUUUAGAUUUUAAUUUAAGUCAAAGUUAAUAUUUCAUUUUAACCAUACAUUUCUGAGGAUCCACAUCUCUUUGGUAAGAUAUUUCAUCAACUUUUAUUAAAAUUUAUUAAAAUUUUGAUUUUAAUUCUCAUUAAACAGGAGCUAAAUUUCUCUCAUUUGUGUCUAAAUUGAAUUGACUUUUCUAUUCUUCCAACUAUUCCAUUUUAUCAGAUCUACUUUUUCAUCAUCCCAGUACCCAGAGAAAGUGCCACUUCAAAUUUGGAACAUUUUUGAAGGUCUAGACAAUAAUCAAGUCUAGAAUAAAAUUUUAAUUCAUAAA